AAAAAUCAAAGUUGGAAAAACAAAAGAAACAAAAGGAGUAUUAUUUAUACACGUGUAGAGGAAAGAAACCCACACAUGGGAAGAAACUAGAUGGAAAGAGCAUCCAAACAUUCAACAUAACAAUGCAAACUGACUUUCAUGCUCUAUAUAAGAUCAACUAUUAGCUAUAGUUCUUAUACCUCCAACACUUAACUAUUCAAAAAAAUUUCCAUUUUCUUUAAUUUCUUCCAUUUUGAGUUGUAUUAAAAAAAAAUGGCUACCUCAUCAUCAAUGGCAUCCAUGAAAGCUCUAUCAUCAUCUCUCAAAUAUUACCCCUCAAAAACAAAAAUAUCAUCUUUACUUCCUCAAAAUCUUAAGAUUUGCCACUCAUUUUCAUCUCAAUCUCUAAAAUUCACUAAUAAUAACAACAAUCUAUCUGCAAAACAUGAUCAAUAUAAACACCCGAAGAAGCGUCCGGAAGUCGCUAAUUACUAUGAGAAAAACAAGUCUCACUUUCAACCUGAGCCGCAGCCUGAGCCUGCUGUUGUUGAUUCACGACCAACUAAGGAACAAAAGUUGUGUGUGUACGAGAUAAACGAGAGAGACAGAGGAAGUCCAGCAUACCUAAGACUAAGUCAGAAACAAGUUAACUCACUUGGAGACCUCGUACCAUUCAGCAACAAGAUCUACACCGGUGACCUGCAGAAACGGUUAGGAAUGACAGCAGGUUUAUGCAUUUUAAUCCAACAUGUACCGGAAAAAAAAGGUGACAGAUAUGAAGCAAUUUACAGCUUCUACUUUGGGGACUACGGACACCUGUCAGUUCAAGGGCCCUACUUAACAUACGAGGACACGUGUUUGACUGUUACUGGAGGUACAGGAGUUUUUGAAGGAGUUUAUGGGACAGUUAAAUUACAGCAGUUAAUUUUCCCAUUUAAAUUGUUUUACACAUUUAGUUUAAAAGGGAUUAAGGAUUUACCUAAAGAGUUGGUGACAAAAGCUGUGACUCCUUCUCCUGCUGUUGAGCCUUCUCCUGCUGCUAAAGCUUGUGAGGCACAUGCUGUUGUCCCUAAUUACACUAAUUAAGGGCUUAAUUAGAGUGAUUAGUGUUAGAUGGUCAAUAAAAGACAAAGUGAAUGAGCUGUGUUUUUUUCAAAUAAAAACUUUGUAAUGAGAUUAAUGAGGUACUAAUCAUGUGGUUUAUUUUAAAGGUAUUGUAAGGGUUUUGUUAU